AUGUCAAAUGAAGUUAAGUUGGGUUAUGCGUCAAUGUUUGGUAGGAAUGGCGGCAAUGCGAGUGAGGUGGAGAGAAGUUGGUACGAUGGCAAUGUCGAUGACAAAAAGGGUAAAAAGAAAAAGAGCGUUGAAACCUGGAAGAUCCUUUAUGGAAAAGAAGCAUCUAGUUUUGCAAUCAGGUUGAUGAUAUUUUGGCGGGACCGAGCUUGA